UUUUAACCUCAAAAAGUCCUUUCAUUUUCCACGUUUUUCUCCAACAACAUGUGUUUUUACUCAACGCUUUAAAUAAUUAAUUAUUACUUAUUUAAUCAAACACUUAAUUAAAAUGGUUUACAAGAGGAAAAAGUACCAUUAUGGUGAUACUCAUCUUAAACGCAGAUGGAGGGUUAGGAACAGAAAGAAGGACUUGGAUGAGAUUGAUGAAGAUUUAAAGGAAGAGAAUGCAGAGAAGUUAUUGAAUCAGGAAGUUGAUUUUGAUAAACCUGGAUCAGCCCAACAUUAUUGUUUGCAUUGUGCCAGAUAUUUUAUAGAUGAUCAUGCUUUGCAGGAUCAUUUUAAAACAAAGGUUCACAAAAGAAGACUAAAAGCCCUAGAAUUGGAGCCCUAUUCCGUCGAAGAAUCAGAAAAAGCAGCCGGUCACGGUAAUUUCGUUCCCGCUAAAAAACGAAAAAUAGAAACACAACCCUCAAAAGACGACCCUAAAAUGGUAGAAGACGAAGACCUAUAACCAAUAAAUGAUAAAAAACAAAUAAAA